AUGGCGCCUGAGAAGAAGACCAACGAUGGGUACGAAUGGACUCCCAAGUCUGUCUCGGUUUCGAAAGGCCUCGAAAGUGAUGCAGUUGUUCAACCUCCUAGACGAUUGGAAUCGAUUCCCAACCGCUUGUAUGACACCAUUGUAAUUGGCGCGGGAUAUGCUGGCCUUGCAGCCGCGCGAGAUCUUUCAACCAACGGCCACUCCGUGUUACUGCUUGAAGCUCGAGACCGUAUUGGGGGACGAACCUAUACAGUAAAAAAAGAUGGAUUUCUCUACGAAAUGGGAGGUACUUGGGUCACCCACCACAUGGGGUACUUGCUCAGAGAGAUGACAAGAUACAACAUGGAUCGUGAUCUCAUGGAAACUGGCAUUGCGGAUAAAAGUGAUGGAUACUAUACCAUCAACGUUCCAGGUGCGAAGCCGAGAAGAACAACCCACGAAGAAGCCGGAGCCAUGACAUCUCGAGCCUGGGAUCUUUUCGUGAACGUCGAUGGUCAACAUUGUCGCACGAUCUGCCCUUUGCCCCACGCACAGCUGAAUAACAUCGUUGUGAAUCGAUCAACCAUUGAGAAAUGGGACCAGAUGUCUUGUCAGGACCGAUACGUGCAAAUCAAGGACCAGCUCAGCGCCGAAGAAAGAGGACUUCUUGUAUCGUUGCUCUUGCACAUCUCGGGCGGUGACAUGGAGAACAGCAGCUUCUGGGAUAUGGCACGAUCUCACGCUCUUAUGACGCACGACUCCAAAAACUUCGGUGAUAUCUGGCUUCGAUACAAGUUGAGACAAGGACAGACAGCCCUCGCUAAGCGAAUGCUCGGGGAAGCCGUUGACUAUGGCGUCGAGUACAUCUUCUCGUUCCCUGUCAGCUCCGUCAUCCAACGAUUGGAUGGUAUUCAGGUCCGCGGUUUUUCAGGGCAAACGUUCAGGGCUCACAAGGUGGUUUGCACCAUUCCACUUAACGUUCUGAAGGAUGUCCAGUUCAUACCCCCGCUCUCGACGACUCGCCGCGAAGCCAUCGAGCUGGGACAUGUCAACCAGAUGUCGAAGAUACACGUCGAUGUAAGCAACCCUGAGCUCGAGGGUUGGAACGGCAUGCGCUUUCCUGGUGCUCUGAUGUACGGCUACGGCGACGGUGUCCUUCCUAAUGGGAAUGUCCAUCUUGUCGGUUUCGGGAAGGACAAAAAGGGAGCGUUUGUACCAGAGGAAAAUCCAAAGGCAGCCGUCGACGCCUUUGAGCAGCUCCAUCCGAUGAAUGUUCAGAGAAUGGCAAGUCACUAUGACUAUCUUGAUACGAUUCCGCAUAUGUUAAUGAUGCUCAGAUAUUCCACAAUUGGUGUACCGAUCCAUACUCUAAAGGGGGUCCGGCAUGGUGGAGGCCUGGAUAUAUGUCCAAGUAUCAGGAUGAGCUUCAGAGAAGACAUGGAGAUAUCCUCUUUGCUAGUGGUGAUUGGGCUCAUGGCUGGCGAGCCUCUAUUGAUGGUGCACUUGAACAGGGCAUCAUGA